ACUAAAAUUAGAAUCCAAAAAAACACCCCCCUAACUCAAAAACAGACCUUUAUCUGCAAAUCCUCGUCGUUUUCUCUCUCCCUCUCAUCCUAAAAUCUCCAUCUAUGGCCUCCAUUUCCAGGACUCGCCGAACCACCACCACCACCGGCGACCGAUCCGCCGGCGGCAAAAUACUCCGAAACAGGCGAAUCGCCGCCCCCAAAACCCCCUACGACCGCCCUACUCCGGCCCCCACUCCUUCUAGGGCUCCUCCCCAAAACCCUAAUUGGCUCUCCGGUCUCAUUUUCCCCACCUCUCGCUUGAUUGCUACUGGUGCCACCAAACUCCUUUCCUCCGUCUUUGGCCCCAACACUUCUUCCUCUUCGUCUUCUUCCGGCAGUUGUCCUUCUUCUGAGGAUGACAUUGAUGAUGACAAUGAUAAUUAUCAUAUCCAGAGUGAUGGAGUUGAUGAACUGAAUAAGAAGAACGGAACUACAUCAGAAUUGAUCGGAUGCUUUAGAAAGGAGCCCCCGACUAAACUCUAAGCAAAGAGUGAACCAAGCCAUGUUAUAGAAACACUACUUAUGCAGGAGACUUUCUCAAGGGAAGAAUGUGAUAGACUAAUAAAGAUUAUUAAUUCAAGAGUUAUAGAUGAUUCCACCAUAGAAGAGGGACAGGAUGCGAGAUUAGGUGGGAUACCCAGCAGAACAAUUGGUAAUGGUGUUUAUAAUACAUCAUGCACAGAUAGUCGUGAUCUGUGCAGUAAAGCUGUCAUGGAAGCCAAACAAUGGUUAGAGGAAAAGAAAGUGGCAUCAAGUUCAAAAUUGGACUUGGAUCAUGGAAUCUGUGCACUUAACUCUGUUGUGCUACCACAGGUUACUAAAGGUGGAUUGGGCUCACCAGUGGAUAUGGCCAAAUGGUAUAUGCAGGCCCGUCCUCCUUGGGCAUCUCCUUCUAAAGAUUACGUUGAAUUCAGAACUCCAUCACCAAUGGGAAGAGAGAUUUUGAAGGAAGAAACACCAUUUAUUGCUGGAAAUGCUCUCUCCUCAUCAAAGAAAAUGUAUUCUCUUGCCAGUGGAUCAUGGAAUAUUCAGGAGGAAAUACGGAGAGUGCGUUCUAAGGCAACAGAAGACAUGCUAAAGACCCCCUCAUCUACAAAAAUUGAUAUGUCAUCAUUUGCUCUGGAACCUAAAAGCUUCCAAAAAUCCUUGCUGUCUGGCAAAACAGAAUUGGGUAGGGGAGACAAAGUGAACGACUUAAAUUUGUUACCAGCAACAAAAUCAAUAGAUGUGUCAUCAGAAUUGGUUGCAGGAGUGACUACUUGUCAAGGCUUACCAGUUUCAGUUGUAGAGAUGACACAAGAUAGUUUGCGGAAUGCAGAUUUGUCAUCGCAGCCAGUUAUGUUUUCUUCAGCACAAAAUCAGGAUUCGGAAUCCAUUUGGACUGUUGAGGGAGAAGAACCUGCUGCUUCUAAAUCUCCGAAUCUUGCCUUAGAGCAAGAUUUAAGAUCAAGUGACAGAACUUGUUCUAAUGCCAAAGAAGAGACUGAAUCGAGAGGCAAACAAAAUGCUAACGGUUUCCCUUAUUCAGGAUAUAGUUCGUUUGCAGGAGAUACCAAAGCAAACCCUAGACCCUCAGAUGACAAGAACCAUGACAAGUUGGCUAAUAAAGUCCCCCCUGGGGAGGAGACAUGUAAGCUUUUGUGUGAAGCUUCCGUUGAUGUCCCAGUUUUAUAUGAAACCAAUAGCGUUGCAAGUGGCUCUGAUCACAGUUCUAGCAUGCCUCGUGAGGAGUUGUCGCAGGAACUGAAUCCAGAACGCAGCUUGAUGGGCGAAACCACGAACAUGGUUGAAAAACAACAGGGGAGGUAUCCGAGCAGGCACAACAGAAAAAGCAGGGGAAGGGGGCAGAUGAGAUGAAAUUGUGGUUUUUGUUUCGUUGUGCCAUGUCUGUUGUACAUUAGCCCCAUAGAUGGGAUAUUCUAGGCAAGACCCUGUGUAGGAUUGUAGGAAGACUUACGUCUACUUGUGUUGUGCUUUCUCAAAUUGGAAUGUUUUGAUGUUUACAAUAUUUGCUAAGCACUUCGUUUUUAUGAUUAAUCAAGUUAGUGUUAGCUGUCUUCGAGAUUUCACAUAA